GUUUAUGAUAAUCACAGGAAAAAAUAGCAGACUAUUUUGGUGGUCGUUAAAAUGAAAUGUGAAUUAGAGGUUUUUCUUGGUAUAAAAAGUGUUAUAUUUUUUCAUGUUUGUUUGGAAAAGGACUAAGUUAUUCAUGACUGUGUUUAGAAGCGUAGAAGCGUGUCGCGUGGUGCUGUGGCUGGCGGCGGUGUGGUGGUGCGCGAGCGUGGCGCGCGCGGCGCCCGCGCAGCUGUGCACGGCCGCGGCCGAGGACGACCCGCGCGCCGCGCGCUUCUGUCAGGCGCUCAACACCUUCCUAGAGCUGUAUGCUGAGGCGGCGGGCGAACAGGUGCCGGAGUACCAAGCGUUAGUCCGGGAUUACCCUCAACUCCUGGACUCAGGCAUGAAGCGACAAGACGUGGUGCACUCGUUCCUUCGCUUCGGGAGGCGCUGACCGCCGCGCGUCCACAGACCAGCCCGCACUGUAAACCACUGAAUGUAUUAUAUCACCUAAGAGCAUCUAUAUAAUCCAACACCUUGCGUAAAGACUUUGUCCAAAACAUGAUAUGAAGCUAUAAAAACAUGGACGUAGCCAGCUAUUUGUCGUAGCUUAUGUCUUCAAUAUUUAAAUGAGUUGAAGCUUAAAACCAGCGACUUAAAAUUACAACUUUGAUAGAGAAUUAGUAUGUAACUUUAAAACAGAAUGCGAUGUGGUAGAAUAAAUUGUAUUGCACACUAUAGUUGAUGGCUUCACGCGUUGAUAUUUGAUUUAAGUAGGUACUUAUAUAACAUUAUAUAGCCUAUGUUACUUCUGGAAAUUAUGAGUUAUGAGCCUUCUAAAGGUGAAAUAAUUAUUAUUAGAUAAAAUCGGUUCAAUAUUCAGAGUUUAUCGAUAACAAACAAAUCUUACCAAUCAAUAGAAUAGCAAUUGUUAGGUUUAAUUGUAGGUAGUUAUUUUAUUUCAUCUAAUUUAUUAAGGGAUUUACAGUAAAUUGAUUUAUUCCUUUUCGAGUAAAAGUUGUGAAGAAUGGUCAUGCUUUGUUUGAGAUCUGUUAAAUUAUUUAAAUUCUGGGUACAAUAAAAUUGUGGCCUUUGUAAAAAGUUGAUUUGGUUAAAUUUUCAAAUUGGUUAGAAACUUAUUUUAUUUAAACCGUAUUCAAUCUAUGCUUAUUUUCUAAGAUAACUUUGAAGAUAAAAACCUGACUUUUUUUUUUAAACAGCGAGACGAAAAUAUCUUUUGAAAAAUAUUUUAAGGAAUGUCUAGACCCCUUCUGAUAUAACCCCUGGCUACGUCCCUGUUGAAAUUUCUUAGAUAUAAAAAAAUAUAGUAGAAAAUUAGGAAUACUUAGGUAAUAUCCGAACACUGCGAAAAUACACCCCCCUCUCCUUUAGACUAUGGACGUACUUAUCUAAAGUAUUAAUAGUUGUAAGGUGUAACUAUUAUUAUUAAUAAUACUAUCUUGUUGUCAACAUUUCGCGUUUCGUUGGUAUAAGAGCAGAAUAUUUAUUAUUGUAAUGUUUUAAAUAAAUACGUAUUUGUGACAA